AUGAACAUUUCCAAAUCAUUUCACAAACCCUGGUACGCGAGGAAAGAGGCAAUUGCUUUGCUGUUGAUCGCUUUACCCGUGUGCUACUUCCUCAAUUUCAUGGAGUACGAGGAUCCCUUCUCCGUUCCUUUUUGUGAGCCCGAUGGAACUUGCCACGAGAAACCUGACAAGCCUUCGCCAAGAACUGUCUACAGUUCCUGGACCAAAGAACAAUAUGACUUAUGGUGGAAGUACAAUGCGGAACUGAACAAAAGCGCGAAAGAGUACACCAAAAAGCGAAAAAUGUCAAAGAAGAACAAACCGUCUUUGGUUCUGCUGGGAGAUAGCAUCACUGAGAGUUGGCUGGGAACUGGUCUAGGGUUCGAAAAAGAGAGGAGCAAAGGCAUACCAGAGGUUCUGGAGGAAAAGUUUCAAAAUUUUGAUCCUGUUGUAUUGGCCAUAAGCGGAGACCAAACACAACAUUUGUUGUAUAGAAUACAAAAUGGACAGUUUCCAUCUGUAGAUGACGAUGAUGCUGUUUUUGUUGUAAUGAUUGGAACGAACAAUUUAGGGAGUGGGGAGCUACCAGGGCCAACGUCGCAGGGUAUUAUAGCGGUCGCUGAUUAUAUUCUCAAGUCUAUAAAGGGUCGACUUUUGCUGUUUCAUGUUUUGCCACGAGGAGACGGCAGGUUGGUUUUACCAAGGCUUUGUCCUCCACGGUGCGACUCUUCUGGUGAACCCUUCAAGUCGUUUGCUCCUGCCGUGGACAAGUUGAAUGAAGGGGUCGGUAAAGGAGUUGAAAGCUUUAAGGAAAAGUAUGGUUCGGAUCGACUUCGAUGGAUGGAUUGCAGUGCAAGUUUUAUUGCCACCGACGGAGACGACGAGGUUGAUUCAUCUCUUAUGCCGGAUCUAUUACAUCCAAACGCGGCCGGGCACAAGAUCAUGGCCGAUUGCAUUCUACAGGAAAUAGAGUCACUAAACUAG